AUGGAGUUUGAGACUGGAAGAUACUUUGUCGACGCAGUCUACGGGACGUUCUUGAUUUUUUCGUGCACCAGAGUCUUUAAACCUGAGGUUUAUCCGGAGUUCUUCUCACUCAAAGUGUACAUCCUGGCGAGCCGACUAUUCCUCUUUUCCAUUGCAACCAACUUCACGGCGCCCAACCUGUACGUAGCUUUCAAAGCUAUGCAGGCAGCUGGUCCAGGUGAAAGUUUGGACUUAUUUAAUCAGGAUCUCGAACUUAUUUCGAAAAAAAAAAACGGCUAACGUGCAUUGUUGGGAAUUUUCGGGAAAUUUAAGCGGUACUAAAGUUCCUAAAAAAUUCCAGAGUGGUCCCUCUGGGAGUUAGGGAGGGAAACAACCCCUAUAAGGGCCGAAAAAAUGGUCCCUAUAGGGUUAAAAAUUAGGGUAGUCUUUAAAGGGGUCCAGGAUCUGAUCCCUUAGCCGCUAAAUCUCAAGUGGACCCUACAGGGGUCUUUCAGGUCUUUCUUUGGUCCCUAAAACGGACCAUCCAAGGGCCCUAUGGUUGCCUCUAUAGGGACCUUUCUGGAGUUCCUAAGAACAACCUUUUACAGACUUGAAGCCCUUCUUUCAUAAAAACUGAGAAAUUUUGCAAGUUCACCUUUUUCUUCCUCUGAUACACGAAGGAGAAUUUUUUUCCAUCAAGCCCCAAAAAAAAAAUCAAUCAUCCCACCACAACACUCCAAGCGUUGAAACCCCGAUAAAAUGAUUUUUUUUUUCUAGAGGAGACGAUCAUAUUCUUGAUGCCCUACAUUUUGGUCUACCUUGGUCUUGUUCUCUGCUUCCCCCGGAAAUUCUUGGUAAUUUCCGUCAUUUUCUGGUUCUCCGUGGCAAACUGGGAGUUCCUGGAAAGGCAGCAAAACCAAAAAACGGAUACCAAUGUGAUUUGA